UAGAAAAUGAAGCAAUGUUAGUUUUAAUAUUAAAUUUAGAAAUACUACAUAAACUUCAGGCUCAUCCUUCCGACACCAGACAUGUUCUCAGACGGCCGCUGGAGGGAGACAGGAUCCAGAGCUUUCACCACACUGAGGAGCUGGUUUGGGUUUCUGUCUGUCUGCAUGUUGCUACGGACUGAGAGCAACUCUUUAACCCCGUGCUAUGAUUGUAGCUGGAUAAUCAGUCUUCACCGCCGUUUUCCUCUUUGUGAAGGAUCUUUAUAUUUCCAUCUAAAACACGGGUACCUCACAGCUGCCGGUCUGUCAACACACGGAGGAAAUUAAAGCCCGUAAUGUUCAAUCCGCACAUCCAUCAGCAGCAGCAGCAGCAACAGCAGCAACAGUUUCACCAGCACCUGCGGCAGCUACAGCAACUUUUCCAGCAGCAGCCUCCUCCUCCGCCACCGCCGCAGCCUCCUCCGGGGCAUCAUGUCGCCCAUCACCACCACCAGACACCGCGAGCGAUUCCUGUGCCUCCCCAGACAGCCCCUCCUCCCAGGAUGGUCAACCUGUGCCAGGCGACCCAGACUACCAUCAUCGCCCCCAAUCCCAUGCUGCAGGGGGCCUUACUGAUGCAGCAGAUGCAGGGUAACAUGCGGGGCUUCGCGAUGGGUGGACAGCAGUUCCGUCAGUUCUUCACAGCUGGAGCCAGGUCGUCUCUGCUCGGGCCGGUUCCCAUGGGCAUAGCCCUCAAGUCCCCCAUCAUGGGUUUCCCAUCUGCUCGACCUUUCCACCCACAUGCUCGCUACUACAACAACAACAACGCCACCACCACCACAGCCUCUUCCUCCUCCUCCUCCUCUUCUUCCACCUCUACCACAGACGCUGCGUCUCGCCAGCCAGACAGGAAGAGGGACAGCAAGCAGAUGGCAGUAGGGAGCAGCGAUGACCAACCAGCAGCUAGCAGUUCCAGUGAGACUGGUGAUAAGAUUGAAACAGAUGGUGCUGCAGGAGGAGUGGAUGGAGCCACGCAGCCCUCUGAAGAGCAACUUGAAGAACCUGCAGUGAAGAAGCAGAGGACGGAGGAGUCAGAGGAGCCUAAAGAACAGUGUGUGGUUGAGGCAAUCACUAUUGCAGACACAGACGAGGGCGUUCUCUCUCCAGAGUGUAACAGCAACACGGACGACAGCCACCCUGAUGACUGCAUGAUUCUGGAGGAAGGAGGCUCCACGGCGGGAUCGGAUGCUGUUGAGUUGCUGGAGGAGAGCACUGCUGCUGAGGUGCACAGCUUUUCGUCUGCCCCGUCACUAUCUGGCAGGCUGAGUGAAGACAGCCACCAGGUUACCUUACCCCCGGAGGAGAUGCCACAGGGCAAAGAUGCUCCUUUAGCUUCACCAGAUCACCAGGAAGAAGAAGAGGAGGCUGAGGCGGAGGGCGAGGCGGAGGGCGCCAACAAGUUCUACUGCUACCUCUGCAGCAUCACCUGCCACAACCAGCAAAACUUCAGGAGUCACAUGAACAGCGUUUCCCACCAGCAGAGGAUGAUGGAGAUUCAGCACAUGAGCAACGCCUGCCUGGUUACGCUGCUGCCACGAGUACAGGAGACUCUACAGGGAGCGAGCAAAGAUGGGGAGAAAAAAGCAGAUUUGCAGCGUUGGUGCGCCACAUGUCACACCCACUUCACCAGUAGCAUCAUGGACCACCGUCGCACCAAGGAGCACAAACUCGCCAGUCGAACAGCCAUCUCCUCCUGCACAGUCUGCAAGAAACACUUCAGGACCUCCCAGAUUUUUGUCGAGCAUUUGCAGUCCCAGGAGCACCGACAGAAAAUGGAGAAGCUUCAGGAAAAGGAGGGCUCUGAGGCCUUGGCCAAGCUGACCACCAUGGACACAGACGGCUUUUCACUGGAAGAGGAGGAGGGCAGCGAGGUGGAAGAGGGAGAGGAUAGGCAGAGGAGUGAAGGGGACCAAGACUCCACUGACCAACAGGAUGGCUGGACCUCCCCUAAAGAAGUGACCCUAAAGGACUUGGCCAGUGAUGAGGAGUACGACUCUGACACAGUCUACGGGUCCAGUUUCUUUGUUCCAGUAGCAGGUUUUAUCUGCAGACUCUGCAACAAAUUCUACCACUUUGAAUCCUCUGCCCUGCACACCCACUGCAAAUCCCUGAAGCACUUUGAGAACCUCAAGAGGCAUAGAGCAUUGCUCAGUCAAAAGGGUGAAGCUUCCAGAGAAUCUCUCUUAGCUGAGGACAGCCUCAGGUCAGCACCAGAAACCACCACAGACUGUUUGGAUGAAAAUUCCCUCUCCCAUGACACAGGUUUAGUGACGGACCUAAACUCCAUGCAGCCUAGCAUUACACUCACCCGACUGAGCAUGCAGGCAGAAAACCAGCAACAGGAGAACCAAGCCGAACCCGACCCGACCUCACAGGACUUAAUCACCACCUCAGCGACCAGCAGUGGCAGCACAGACCAAGAACUAAGCCUCCAAAAUGAGGAGGAAGAGCCCACAUCCCAAGCCUCUGUAGUCCAGGAGAGUCCAGGUGAGCUGGCUGCUGGCAGCACAAAGGAGCCAGACUCGGAGGCAACAGCAGCAGCAGCAGCAGCAGCAGCAGCAGCUGCUAAUGAAGAGGAGGAGGAGGAGAAGGAGGAGAAGGAAGCUCCUGCUGCACGGAAAAACAACGGCACAGGGAAGACAAAAACCACAGCCAAGCGCAGGUCAGGGAGGGCCGCAAACAGACGUUGAGUCAGAGAUAAGAUGUGGAAAGAAAGGAAACCUGGUACAAUCCCAACCUAAGGACAUGAUGUGUCAGUAUAUAAAGAGGUGCUUCAUGGACCAAGAAGUGAACAGCCAUGUUGGAAAGUUUGAAUUAAACACACACCCACAAAUAGUAAGACUGCUGAUGAUGAAAUACGGUGGAACAACUGCUCUCCCAGGGUGGGAAUAAAGACCCAACAUGACGGGACAUAAAAUACAAGUUAAAAUCUUCAGUGGCUGGUAAGCCUUUUAAUUUUGGCUCCCAGUUUGAAAAUCAUGUUCUUUAGCCUGCCUGUUCCUUUCAGUGUUCAUAAAUUGGUGGAAAAAAAAUCCUUUUAUGUUGCAUUAAUUGAAACUAAUUUUCUUUUUUAGAUGAAGAGAUGCUCUUUAAAUUGGUUACCUAAUAGAAAAGCUUUUACAUGAACACACAGAUUUAAAAUCAUAGAAGCUGCACACAAAUUUGAUAUAUACAAUAUUUUAAAGGUGUAGUAUGACAUUAAUUUUCUAAACACUGGAAAGAAAAAUGAAAUGUGCUUUUUUAGGUCACAAAUUAAAAUGCUUUUUUUUUUUUUUUUACCUACUAUUACAAUCAGUGUAAUUGCUCAACUGGCUCAUCAAAAAGUUAAUUUCCCACCCUGCUGUCCUCAAGGAUCAGGAGUUAGAUGAGGGCUGAUUGUCAGUUGUUGGGGUUUUUUUUUUUGCAAAUUCUCUAGCCUAGCUAGAUGAAUGAUUGUUAACAUAAUAUAACCUUCAAGUGUAGAAGACUGUACUGAUAGUAAAGUGGAGACAUUUUCCAUAAUGCUAACCACGUAGCACACGCUUUUAGCGAGUUGAAAUGUAGAAUGUAACCAAAUUAAGUGUUCAAACAGGCGACAACUUCUGUUUUUAAAAAAGUGUUAACACAAGCAAGAUGGUACUUUGGCUUGAGUGUUGAAUCGUGCAAAAUCUUGAAUCCGAUCAUAGCUUUGUUGAUGAAGAAGAGAUUGUUCAGGGCAUUUUUUCAUCCUUUUUUUUUUUUUUUUUAAUUUCUAUACAUUUCAAGCUGAUGUUGUGUGGGGGGGGGGGGAAGUUGUCAGUAGCAGUGGCCUUCUUUAAACAGUACUGCACACAUUCUUACAGGCCUACUGCCGGUGACCGGGAAACUUUUUUUUGUGUAUCAAAGAUAUAAAAUCCCAACACAAGGUGUCAGAGCUGGAUGUAGUAGUGGACAUCUUUUGACAAAAUGUCUAAAAACCCUUUUACAUCUGCACACAGUCAUAUGGAAAGAGUACUCCAGUAUUCUUUCUCUCAAUGCGUUUCUCUCAAUGUAAAUGAGAGCAGCAGACAGCUUCAUCAACAUGCCAAGUGCAAGAAAAGGGAAGUGUUUCUACGAACAACCAGGCACUGAAUUUAAAUUACAAGCUGUCCCCGACUCCCCGGCGACUUGAAGUCUGGAAGCUUCUUUGGACAUUUACAGGCUUGUCAUGUAAGACAGGUAUAUGCUGCUUGAAGCACAAAGUUGAUUUUCCUUCUCGCUGGAUGUCAAAAUUGAGAAUUAAUUUGCGUAACAUGGCUCAUGUUACCACAUCAGUCACAUUCCCAUAGACAUUUGUCAAGUGUGCCUACAUUUAGAAAAAAAAUAGUUGCUUUCAUGUUUCCAUGGACUUAAAUUGAGCGUUCUGAGCAUUCACAGCACAAAAAUACUGUCAGAUGAUGCUUAUUUUCCUUCAAUUUACCAUUGCAUUGAUUUUUUUCCCCCCCUCAUUAAGAUAUUUGGUUGCUAUACACUGGAUAGAUGGAACCACAGUUGGUCUCAAUUUUAUGUGUGAGGAGAAACCCUAACAUGCUUGCAGGUAUUUAAAGUUGAAAAGUAUCCUUGUUAAGGUUCAACCUGUAACGUUCAGUGGACUAUCCCAGUUAUAGAUUAUAUGUAUAUAAUGUAUAACUUUGGUUCCAGCAUUUCAGCCGCCACAAGGUGUAAAUAAGGAAGUAUUACUUCCUUCUUCAUGACAAGUGUACUGUUCUGGAAACAUUUUAUCCUCCGUUAAAGAGAAGGAUAUUUAAAACCAUAAAAGACUGGUUCAACACAUGUAGCAAAUCCUGUAGUCAUUGUGGCAACCGUCACAUGAUUAAUAUCUUAAUCUGUUCUGUCUGAAGGAACGGAUCAAAUUCUAAGAUGUACAUUUUAGCUCUGAUACAGAACGGAGCAGAAGAGGGGGAAAAAAAGAUGUAAAGGAUAAUUUCAAACAAAGCUGAAUGUUUCUUAUUGUAUUUUUAUUCAGCUACUGACAAUUUGAGAUCAAAACAAGUGAUGUUUUCUAACUGCUGGAAGUUUAAUGUAUUUUUGGAUGUUUGUUUUCUGUUUGGGGGUCAUUUUAAUUUAUAUUAAAAUGUCUGACAAUUC